ACUAUUCUGUAAAGCGAUAUAUAAAUAUAGUUAAUUUUAGUAAAUGUUUAUAAACAGGUAGCAAUGUUGGAUUACUAGCUAGAUGCCUCUAAGAGUAAUAAUGAAUGUAACUUGACGGAGAUGUGGUGACAAUUAAAAAAAAAAGAGCGCAAUUAUACAACUACUAACUUUGGAAGGAGUUUAUUAUUUAUCCUAUACGUGUUCAAAAUAUUACAAUCUUUGUCAUGUGGAAUAGUUCUUUGAACAUUUCUUCGGAAAAUUCAGCCGAACAGCGGCUGGAGCAAUGGAACGAAUCACUGACUCUUCGUCUGAUUCCAAAUGACGUCAUUUUGGCGCUAUAUUUCGUGGUGGGCGUGGUCGGGAACACUAUUGUUCUGUCUGUGUACACCCUAAGAUUUCAGGGGCAGCACCGUGAGCGAUACUUUGUCCCCUUUCUGGCGCUAGCUGACCUCCUGGCCUGCAUCACGUGUGUUACUUUCACUUUCUAUUUGAACUUUCAUCAGGCAGAUUUUAGGAAUGAGACAUUUUGUAAGGUCAUGUGGCCGCUAUCGGCAGGAACAACUUUUAUGUCGGUUUUCACACUGCUGGUGAUAACCAUUGAAAGAUAUUAUAAACUUUGUCGGCCUUUUCAUGAGUUAAGACACAGGAGAAUAAUUUUACUCGCUAUUCUUACAAUGUCUGUUCUAAUAGCAGCACCAAGCCCUCUUUUCUUCGGGACCCGCGCUACUUUCGUCCCCGAGAGAAAUCUUACCAGGUUCAGAUGUACCGUGAUAAAAGACAUCAACAGCCCCGGGCCCAAUAUCUAUGGGUUCGUUUUGGGGUUGUUCAGCAUUCUUACACCAAUAACAAUUGCUGUCGUCUACAUUAGGAUUGGUUGGAAACUUAGGGGUCAAAUGAAAUUCAGACAACAGUUUACUUGUUCCCAAAGGUCUCAUGAGGUCUCGGAAAAAGACUUUGCUAAGGGAGCUCACUCCAGUGACGUCUUGUUUCUGGAAGAUCAGCAUCCUGGAACCUACAUUAAACUAAUUAAGGAGAGGAUCAAUUGUGAUCACGAGCAUUCAAACUCAACGGAGUACUCAGACCAAGAUGACGGGAAACUACAAGACAAAUUACAAAGCAAUGAUGCUCAUCAAAAUGUCAUAAACCAUGUGUCAUUAAGCCCACAAACAAAUGAGGCAUCGCCAAAGAAUAAAAAGAAACAUCGUGUUGAUGAAGAUGUUGCAUGUAGCAAUUCAAGGAUCGAUAACAGACUUCAAUUCAAAAAUAGAAAACUCCCUCUUUCUUUUUUCAAACAAAGUUUUUUUUCCAAAACAAAUGAUAGUCAAGUGAAAAACACGACAGGCGGGGUAGAUAACCAGGCAACUGGGUUCUUCAACAGUGCUAGUUCUUUGACCAAAGCUACAACAAUGACACCAAAGGGACCUGGACUAUAUUUACAUCGAAACAAAUACGAACUGGAUGGACAUGCCUCCCCAACAGUAACCAUUAAGACAAAGAAUAUCUGUGGGGAAUGUGCUGCUGGAGGAACUCAGGCGUCAUGCUGCCAAAGCACAUUCUCCAGAUCGGGACGAAAACUCCCUGAUGUCCCUGUGCGUAGACACGUGAUCACCCACAACGGGCACCUGUACCCUUCCCUCGGAAUGCACCGAUUUACCGUUAUGUUUAUGCUGAUUACCGGGAUCUGCUGUCUCUGCUACCUCCCAAAGAUCACACUCCUGAUCCUGGAAACCGUGAUGACGUCAUUCUGGGCCUCCAUUCCUGACCAGUACCUGGGGGUGGUUCUUUUUCUGUAUCGGUUCUAUAUAUUCAAUAACGUGUGUAACCCCAUCAUUUACUGCCUGUUUGAUUACCGCUUUAGAAGGGAAAUCAAGGUUCUAUGCUGUCGUCGCCGCACGAUUUUCAAAUGAGAAAUUAAUUCUGGGUUUAUAACUUUACGAUGCUCUACCUCCCCUUGCAGUGUCUGAGUACUAUUUUUAAUUGAUUAGUCGCAUGCUGUCAUACACCGAACAGAGGAUAUGGUUUCUUUGAAAAGCGGGACUUUGUAACCGGAAAUGAACAUAUUUGUUUUAUGGCCGGUCUGGCUUCUGGUUGUGUCGUGUAGGCGCUCCUUCAUCCUUUCGCUCGGUUCUAUGGUAUUCUGUAGAACAUCUCUGUUUGUUUAUUAAAACAUUAAACAGAUUGAUUGUCCAAGGAAGUUCAAUGUCUAUUCAAUCACAUGCGCUCAAUGCAAAAUAUAGUCCAACAGCGAAAAAUACAACCCCUAUAUGAUCAAAUAAAAAACAUAGAUUGUGUGGUAUUUCGUGAUUUGGUUAAUUAACGAGCAUGUUUCUUUGAUUCGAUUUGAAAAUGAUAUUCUCUAUUGUCAUCGUUAAUCGAGUAUUUCUCAACCACAGAACCAUAAAGAGAUUAUUGGAUAGUACAACCAGUAUGCUAGGAAUGCUUUGACUAUAUUAUAAUGAUAACCAUUUUUGUCACUGUUGCAAUCUUGAAUUUCUUAAACUCAUAUUAUGGUCAUGCAUGUAAUUCUUACAAAAUGAAUGGUCAGAAGAAUCUUCCCAUUCUCUACUACCUUUUAUGGGUGUAUUUAGGUGCAUCAUUAAUCUAAAUUGAUGAAACCACCGUUUCUUUGAUUAAAAACAUGUUCAAACUACAGUCUCCUGGUUGCUUCUUAUAUCAAUAAAUCGUGAGAGAGAAGCCGGAAAAAUUCUCAGAAGUAUUUCGGUUAAAUGAAUGACAUCUUGGUUAAACCCAAAAUACUUGGAAUAGAUGAAGAAAGGUUUUGUUUUUCUAAUGCUUCGCUUUGCUAUGUAUCCAUGCAUUUUUAAGGUAAAUAUGGCGUUUCUUGACUAAUAUUUCUGAUACACUAUGUAAUUGAGUGUACAUGUGUAAAUGUUCUAUAUAAUUAUCAAAAUUAAACUUUUUACCAAGAAUAGCCUUGGUAAAACGCAAUCGGUCGUGGUAAUUUACCUGCAGCAAUCCUUGUAUUUUGGGGGUGUUUUUUUUUUAUAUAAAGAAACUUGACUGUUUAAACACCCCUGUGCAUGAGCGCGGGAA